GAGUUGAAAAUAAAUUUUUUCCAAGAAAUGUAGAAGACUGGCAGAGAUAGUUCCUAUUGUUGGUGAUGUCACUGUACUGGGAUUGGUUAAACAUAUCGGGGAUUCCCCAGCCGGAUUUKCACUACUAUUACUUGCACUUUCAAGUUUCAAGAUUUAGGAUUGUAUAAGAGAAAGCUCUUUUUAGCCUUCUAUUUCAGUCUGUUUAGCAUUUACCCUCAGUAUUACAGUGGUACAAACUAUAUAAUCAAAAUAUGGCAAAAAAGAGUGAAAACGAUCCAGCUUUGAAUGAAUAUUUCGAAGCAAUGUGCUUUCAAGAUGACGAAGAGAAAACUUGGCAAGAAUAUACAGACUUCUUGGUAUCCAAACUUGAAAGUUUAGCCACCUUCUUUCGAAGUCAAUCGAUUCCCAUUGAUAUUCAUGCUACUGGGAGUUCAGUAGAGAAGUUAAGGAUCAUUUCGCCCGAAGAUAUAGGCGAUAUUGAUGUCAUGGUCUUCUCAUUAGCGGAAGAGACGAAAAUUCCUGAAUCGAUUAUGGAGUACUCUAUUCCUGGUAACCCUGUCUACGUACGACUUCGUGGUAAAGAUCACCCUAUUCUUCAACACUGCCUGGCGGAAAAUUCCAAUUACGUCGCUUCUGUAACCCUCAUAAACUUCCAUCGCAAAGUGUUUGGUGGCUCCGCAAGCUUCUUUAAUAUUCUCCCUAAGGUUUUUCAAAAGAUUCAAGAUAUUUCGUCUUAUGGGGUAGCGUGCAGGAUACAGUCAACAUCCGGACCUUCUAUACAAUACGAUUUUUCUCAAACCCGCGAAAGCUUGCACGAUAAUGUGAAGGGAAUGAAAAGUUACAGUAAUUUUAAGGCUAACGAUGAAAUAAGUGGUCUUCUCGAUUGGAUGAGAGUAGCUUUGAAUCCUGGAAAACCCUUCACUGAAGAACAUUCUGCCACUGUCGAUGAAGCGUCAAAAUACGUUGAAGAAACUGUGCGGAGAGUAGGCGUAGAUCCAAGUAUUCAAAACUUCGACAAUAUAUUCCAGGAGUUAUCAACGGGACCCAAAACUCGGGAAUUUCGAAUGAAAAUGCAAGAGUUAGAUACCAAGAAUGCUGAAAAAGAAAAUGAGGAACCGGCUAGGGAAACUCGGACAAGCGCGAAGGAAGGUGCAGGAGAAGUAAAUGACGAUACGGAAAAGAAGCAAAGUCCUGAAACCGGAGAACUGAAGGUUUGUGCAAGUCCAUUGCAAGUCGAACUGGCAGAAGGUUUCGAAUCAACUUAUGACAAUGAAAGUGCCACAAGAGAAAGCAAUGACGAUGUUCAGGAAAAUCUCCAUCGAAAGGAAGUUUCUGCCACCACUAUCCCCAAAGAAACAGAAUCCGAACAACAUCCUUUUGUUGCAAUUGAAAGGGAGCUACAAGAAAUAGGAGCCACAGCCGAGGAAGCUGCAAAUUCAGCAGUGGAAGGUGAAAAUAUUGACAUGGCGAAAAUGACGGAAGAAAAGAUCAUGAAUUACUGCAUUGAGAAUGUUCUGAGAGUUGGCAACUCCUCCAAAUCGCCAGAAGAAAUUCAAAAGGAGUAUCUUGAGAUUGCUGCAGAUGAGACAAGACAAAAAGGCGGCUUUGACAUCGUGCCAGCAUUCCUAGCUAAGGGAUGGCCAAGCAYGGCACGGGCUUGGAUAUCACGUGAUCGCUUGUGGCCCAAUCAGAAUGUUAUUUCGGACAUCCUUGACUAUGGAUUUCAUCUUGUGGCGAAGACUCCCAGUGAGAGUGAAAGACCAGACCUUGAUUUUCGCUUGUCUUUUUCACAUGCUGAAUUCGUCUUGAGUAAAGAACUGAAUGAUAUCCAACGCCAGUGCUACAGAUGCUUCAAGUCCUAUCACUUGACCAUCAUCCGAGACAGAAAACCCAAGAUUGUUGCUACCUACUACCUGAAAACCAUACUAUUUUGGGCUGUCGAAGAAACUGGGAUGGAAUUCUGGAAUAGCGAGAAUCGUGGCUCCUGUGUCAUGAUGCUCCUUGGAAAACUUCUUAAAGCGUUGCAAACUAGAUAUCUUUCGCAUUUCUUUAUUCCAGAAUUCAACCUCUUGGAAGAAGUUGCCAAGGAGUUUCCAGAAGAGAUGGAGUGUCUUGCGGAGGAAGUCAGAAAAGUUUGUGAAGACCCUAUGAGUUAUCCAAACGCUUCACCGAAAGAGGAUCAAGGUAAUAAACCUACCGCCAGGCUUAAACCAAUGUCAGAUCCAUCAGGUGAAGAGAUCGAGUCCUGUUUGACAACAGCAACAUCAAGUCGACCGAUGAAUGCAAACUUGCCACCUCAAGAAGACGUCUCCACGAAAAAUCCAUUAUCAAUUACACUUGGGAAAACUAAUGAUCUUGAUAGUAAAAGUAGUGCAACAGCUCCAUAUUUUCUCAGGUUUAAAGAUUUUCAAGCUCUCUAUCGCCAAGUUUACAGAGAAAUGCUAGAGUUGGCUCUUACAGAGGAGGCUGUUGAUGCAAGAGAUCCAACCACCAAAUCCAUUGUGACUAACAUGCGAAAGGUGAUGGAAAAAAUGGAAAAUGAUCCCGAAAAAGAAAUGGAAGUAGUGUUAGAACGUUGCCUGGCAAAUGAAUACUCUGCAUUAGUCUUCCAUCCCGGGCCCACCCCAAGAGAUAGGAUUCUUUCCCUCUUAAAGGGGCAGUGUGAAAUGUUUGCCUAUGUCGUACGUCAAGAAGAUCUGGCCCUCGGGAACGAGCACGUUAUCGUCAACAGGAUACUUAAUUCAUCAAGCGAUGGCAGCUCUGAUCCGUUUGAUUUGAGUGUGAUGUAUCCAGAAACCAGUAGUGCAUUGGCAAACAUCUUCGAUGUGGUUGCUGCUCAGUUUCAGCCAAUAAAGAAAAGUGAAGACAUCGAUGACGACAUUCCUCUGGAUUAAUGACGYACGUCAUAAUGAUGGAGACAUUGCGAUUGUUGUUAAUGAUGAUGAUUAUGAGARAGUUUUUUGUUGGUGAUGAUCAAAUAGAAGAAAAGUGACAUCUUUGAUGAUGAUGAAUGAUGAUGAUGAUGAUGAACGGAUACAUCGUUAAAGAUGAUAAUGGUAAUUACGGUGAAUGAAGAAUGAUGAUGAAUACAUCGAUGAUGUUUAUGAUGAAUGAUGAUGAUUUAACACAUCGAUGAUGGUGAUGAUUGAACAUACAUUGUGAUGAUGAUGAUGAUGAUUGAACAUACAUUGUGAUGAUGAUGAUGAAAAAUGAUAAUCAUACGUAGACUCUUCCAAAGUCUCUCGCUCGUCCGUUCCGUMUCCACGCUUAGAGACUGUAACGGUACAAUGACCGAAAGGACUUAUGGGUCCC